AUGGCGGACCGUCGUGGCGCUACAACACCGCCGCCGAAAUCGCCAUCUCCGGCGCCCCUCCCACGAUCCUCGAGCCUGCCUCGCAUCGCCAACAAUAAGCUCUUCCUACCUCUUCAGAACGAAGGGACCGCGAUCUCCACCCGAGGACAGCACCUGCCUUUGCUGUUCAAACGUCGACCGUCCACACUCCGCAGCACUGACCGCGAGCGCCGCGGAAGCACAAGUGAGGAUGAGGAGGACCUGGAGAGCGCUCGUCAUGGGCUUAUGAUGAACUAUGACAGCGACUCGGACAGACGACACAGUGUUGGCGCGUCCGUUUUGAACACCCCACAGAUGCGUAGCCAGCGUCUGAUUGGAAACUCGAACCCCAGAUACAAGUGGGAGAAGUACUACAAGAGCGAAGAGGAGCUCAAGGGCAUGAAGAAGCCAAUACGAGAAUACUACGAACGCAACAACCAGCUCAUCCAGCACUACAUGUACAUCGAUCGCCUCCUCGACUCUUCUCUACCGCACAAUCUGAUCCAAGAAUACACCAACCUCGAGUCUGGCGCAGUCAAAAUUCCAUACACGAUCAGCGAAGAAUCGUCUGUCGUCAACACACCAGCUGCGGCGACACCUAGCAAUGGCGUCUUGAACGGCAACGGGUACUCUUCGGCGAGCAGCUUGACGGAUUAUCAUGGCACAAACGGGAACACCAAUGGCGCUACAAAGGCCAAGCUCACACGAACGCCCAAAAACCUAUACAAGGUUCCUGAGGCCGACGAGAACACACCUCUGAUCGCGCGAGACGAGGUCAUCUCCGAUGACGAGGACAACGAAGGCUCAUCGAACUCGAAGCUCCUGGACUGGGUCCCUGAGGAGGACGAGGGCACUGAUAGUCCCAUCGUCAAGCUGGCUUUAUACGUUAACCUGGCGGCCAAUACUGCCCUUCUGAUCAUGAAGAUCGUAGUCGCAGUCAUGACGUCCUCGCUCUCCGUCGUAGCCAGUUUGGUCGAUGCGGCGCUGGAUUUCCUUAGUACAGCCAUAGUAUGGUUUACCUCCUGGAUGAUAGCCCGGCAGGAUCGCUACGCAUACCCGGUUGGCCGAAGGCGACUAGAGCCAAUCGGUGUAUUGGUAUUUUCUGUUAUCAUGAUCACGUCCUUCUUCCAAGUCGGCAUCGAGGGUAUCUCACGGCUUUCUGGACCCGACCAUACAGUUGUGCAACUCACCAUUCCAGCUGUCGCCAUCAUGGCUUGUACCGUUGUGAUCAAAGGGCUUUGCUGGCUCUGGUGCCGUCUCAUUCGCAACUCUUCCGUGCAAGCGCUCGCACAAGACGCCAUCACCGAUGUCGUCUUCAAUACAUUCUCUAUCUUCUUCCCCCUGGUCGGCUACUUUGCGAGGGUCUGGUGGCUGGACGCACUGGGUGGUAUUUUGCUCUCGGCGUAUGUGAUCAUCAACUGGUCGCGCACUUCGGCAGAGCAUAUUCGCAACUUGACUGGUGCGAGCGCGACUGCUGACGAGCGAAACAUUCUGCUGUACAUGACAAUGCGCUUCGCAAAGUCUAUCAAGCGAAUUCAGGGUAUUCAAGCCUACCAUGCAGGCGACAAACUCAACGUUGAGGUGGACAUUGUGGUUGACGAGCAUACUGCCUUGAGGGAUAGCCACGAUCUCGGAGAGAGCCUGCAGUAUGUUCUUGAAAGUGUACCAUAUGUCGAUCGCGCAUUUGUUCACAUUGACUACACAGACUACAAUUUCCCUACUCACAUGUCGCAGCAAGAAUGA